GGUUCCCCGGAGGAUGGAGCCGGCCUCGGUGAGGACCAAAGUCCCCUCCUUCCUGUCCGACUUGGGGAAGGCCACGCUCCGGGGCAUCCGAAAAUGUCCCCGCUGCGGCACCUACAACGGCACCCGAGGCCUGAGCUGCAAGAACAAGAACUGCGGGACCGUCUUCCGCUACGGCACGCGCAAGCAGCCCAGCGUCGACGCCGUCAAGAUCAUCACCGGCUCCGAUUUACAGGUUUAUUCGGUGCGGCAGAGGGACCGGGGACCGGAUUACCGGUGCUUUGUGGAGCUGGGGGUCUCGGAGACGGCCAUCCAGACGGUGGACGGGACCAUCAUCACGCAGCUCAGCUCCGGCCGCUGCUACGUGCCGUCGUGUUUGAAAGCGGCCGCGCAAGGCGUGGUGGAGAACCAGUGCCAGCACGUCAAGCUGGCCCUGAACUGCCAGACCGAGGCCACCCCGCUCACCCUAAAAAGCUCGGUGCUCAACUCCAUGCAGGCUUCUCCCGAAACCAAACAAACCAUAUGGCAGCUGGCGACUGAGCCCACGGGGCCGCUGGUGCAGCGGAUCACCAAGAACAUCCUGGUGGUGAAGUGCAAGGCCAGCCAGAAGCACAGCCUCGGCUACCUCCACGCCUCCUUCGCCCAGAAAAUGAGCGCGAAGACGCUGGCGGACCACAGGUUCUCCUGCUCCUGCCAGGCUCUGAAGCCCGGCAAGGGCGGCCCGGCCGAGGAGGAGGCGGUGCCGCCGCCACCACGCUGCAUUCACUUCUUCGCCUGCAUCUGCGCCUUCGCCAGCGACGAGAGCCUGGCGCGGGAGUUCGCCGACUUCCUCGCCUACGACUCCGGCGGUCUGAAAGGGAUGGUGGUCCCGCAGUUGGUCAGCGGCCCUGAAUCCACGGUGCAGGCUGGGGAGGCGGCUCCUGCCAAGCCCAAGAAGAGGAAAAAGGACGUCGUGCCCGGUGA